GUGUGUUUCCGGGAGGAGUGUUCGAAGCUGCGACGUCCAACUUCCUCGAAGACACCGAUCGAGGGUCUGCACAAACGUUAUGGAGCUACGACCUUUUUUCAUGUGCUUUGCACUCUGCGUGGUUUAUGCCACCAGCAAACCCACAGAGAAAAAGGACCGCGUUCACCAUGAUGAACCCCUGAGUAACCGAGAGCAUGAUGAUGCAGAUAAUUUUGACUAUGAUCAUGAAGCCUUCCUUGGUCAGGAGGAAGCCAAGACCUUUGACCAGCUCACACCAGAGGAAAGCAAGGAGAGGCUUGGCAUGCUGGUGGAACGUAUCGACGAAGAUAAGGACGGGUUUGUUACUGUUGAAGAGAUGAAGAAGUGGAUCAAGCAUGCCCAGAAGAAAUGGAUCUACGAUGACGUGGAUCGCCAGUGGAAGAGUCACGACCUCAAUGGCGAUGACUUUGUGUCAUGGGAGGAAUACAGGAAUGCCACCUAUGGAUACAUCCUUGAUGAUCCAGACCCUGAUGAUGGCUACAGCUACAGACAAAUGAUGGAUCGUGAUGAGAGGAGAUUUAAAAUGGCUGACCUGGACAGGGACCUGAAAGCCAACAAGGAGGAGUUCACAGCUUUCCUCCAUCCUGAGGAAUACGACCACAUGAAAGACAUUGUUGUUCUGGAAACCAUGGAGGACAUUGACAAGAACGGAGAUGGUUUGAUCGACUUGGACGAAUAUAUUGGUGACAUGUACAACCAGGACAGUGACGCCACGGAGCCCGAGUGGGUAAAGACAGAGAGAGAACAGUUCACUGAAUUCAGAGACAAAAAUAAAGAUGGAAAGAUGGACAAGGAUGAAACCAGAGAUUGGAUCCUGCCCAGUGACUAUGACCACGCUGAGGCUGAAGCCAAACACUUGGUGUAUGAGUCGGACGCAAACCAGGACGGACAUCUGACCAAGGAAGAAAUUGUGGCGAAGUACGAUCUGUUCGUGGGCAGUCAAGUGACCGACUUUGGCGAGGCGCUGACUCGACACGAUGAAUUCUAAAUACACAUCUGCCUCCACUCGUGGGCUUGGUGCUUGUUUCUACAUCCAGACGAGUGAAUCCAAGUCAGAGUACCUGAGAGUAAUUUAUUUUCAUUUUCAAGAAUGUUUUCUUGAAUCGUGUUCUCUUUUUAUAAACAUCUGCAUUGUGUGUCUACACACAGAAGAUUAACACACCUUGUUUUGAGAUCCUUGACUGAAAAGAAACUUCUUUUGGAGAGGAACAACAUUCACUUGUUCCAUUCUUUUUUUUUUUUUCAACGCACUGGACUAUGUUGACACAUUUUCCGUCGAAAAUACUGACAUGGUUGCUAGAGUCCUGCAGCAAUGGGAUGAUGACACACUUCCAUACAUUUCAGUGACAAUGAAGACUAUUUGGACUAGUGCAAUAGCAUCAUGUUUUGGUCCCCGAUGUUGCCAUGGUAACGCUAGCUUGCGUGCUGUUGAAGGAGUCGAGAUAAACAUGGGGAUUGAUGCUUUGUUCUCUGUGUGUGUGCGUGUGUGUGAGUACAGAUUGCGUGUGAAGUGUCAUCAGGUAUUCCUCUUGUUGUGUUCUGUGUUUCACUUUCAGCUACUAACUCUUUUGUUUGCCAAGUAAAAACAUUUUUAAUGAAACAACGCCUCCAGAGUACCGGGGGUUUUUCUUCGUUGCGCUAGUCCUAUCAUUUAUAACCACUGUCCAGUUUUUAUACGAUAAACUGUACUGUACAUGACAUUUUUUUGUUUUGGUUUUUUAACUAGCUCACGGCAGCCACAAGGCUUUUGCUUAAGAAAUCACUGUAAAUACGUUUUGGUUUUGCAGCCUGAGCACAUGAAUAAUCAGGUUCUGUUUUUCUUGAUUGAGAAGUUUGUUUCAAUAAAACAAAUACAA